GUAGAGAUCGAGUCGAGGUUGCUUCGGUUUCAGUCUCAAGAGCAGGAACGAGCAGCCGAACAGGCGGAGAUGCAGGACAAGGGUAAGCUAUUGAUUCUAUACGCAUCCCAGACCGGAAAUGCGUUGGACGCCGCUGAACGCUUGGGCCGCGAGGCUGAGCGCAGGGGCUGUCCCGUCAGGCUCUUCUCCGUGGACGAAUUUGACGCCACGUCGCUGCCAGAUGAGAAGACUGUAAUUUUUGUUGUUUCCACCACUGGGCAGGGAGACACACCGGAUUCCAUGAAGGUGUUUUGGAGAAAACUUUUGCAAAGAAAUCUGGAUGAAGAUUGGCUAGGAGGAGUUCAGUUUGCUGUGUUUGGAUUGGGUGAUUCUGGUUACCAGAAAUAUAAUUUUGUUGCAAAGAGGCUUGAUAAAAGACUUUCAGAUCUUGGAGCAACAGCAAUAAUUGAAAGAGGGCUGGGAGAUGACCAGCACCCUUCUGGGUACGAAGGCGCCCUGGAUCCUUGGAUGUCUUCUUUGUGGAAUGUGCUGUACCAAAAGAAUCCAAAAUUGUUCCCAGAAGGUCCAGAUGUUGCGAUCCGUGAUAUGACAUUGGAUCAACCAAAAAUACAAAUCUCAUAUCAUGAUGUUGCCGAAGUUUUUUCACAAUUUUCAAAUAAUGCAGAUUUGAAGAUGCAAAUUGAGAGGGCUCGCUUAAUGUCUCCUGGAAUAUUUUCUCGAGACAAGAUUAGGCCUGACUGCUUUUUGAAAAUGGUAAAGAAUUGUCCAUUAACUGUAGAAGGCCGUGGACGAGAUGUCCGACACUUUGAACUUGAGCCGCUUUCUUCUCUUAUUGAAUAUAAUGUUGGUGAUGUUCUUGAGAUUCUCCCUGGUCAAAGUCCUACAGCAAUAGAUGCUUUCAUACAGCGUUGUAAUUUGGACCCUGAAGCAUACAUCACGGUCCAUCCCAGGGGUUCAGAUAAUCAAGAAGGUGAUCUAAAGGUCCCUAUCAAAUUAAAAGCUUUCGUUGAAUUGACGAUGGAUGUUGCAUCAGCCUCCCCCCGACGCUAUUUCUUUGAGGUCAUGAGUUACUUUGCCAGUGCUCAACAUGAAAAGGAAAGGCUUCAAUAUUUUGCCUCGCCUGAGGGAAGAGAUGAUUUAUACCAAUACAACCAGAAGGAAAAUAGAACUGUGCUGGAGGUAUUAGAGGACUUUCCUUCUGUACAAAUGCCAUUUGAAUGGCUUGUUCAGCUGGUACCUCCAUUAAAAAUGAGGGCAUUUUCUAUUGCUUCUUCUCAAUCUGCUCAUCCCAAUCAAGUACAUUUGACCGUCAGUGUGGUAUCAUGGACAACACCUUUCAAGAGGAAGCGAGCUGGUCUUUGUUCUGCAUGGCUAGCUGGGCUUGAUCCUCAAAAAAGAGUUGUUAUACCGGCAUGGUUUCAUAAAGGUUCCCUCCCUCCCCCACCACCACAGCUUCCCCUUGUUCUUAUUGGACCUGGAACCGGAUGUGCGCCUUUUCGAGGAUUUGUAGAGCAGAGGGCCUUACUAAGUAGCUCUUGUUCAACUGCUCCAAUUCUUUUCUUCUUUGGUUGCCGUAACAAGGACAAUGACUUUCUAUACAAAGAAUUCUGGUUAUCUCAUUCACAAAAGGGCGGGGUUCUUUCUGAAGAUCGGGGUGGAGGCUUUUUCGUUGCCUUCUCAAGAGACCAGCCAGCCAAGGUUUAUGUGCAACACAAGAUGCGGGAACAGAGCAGGAGGCUGUGGAGUUUGCUGAGCGAGGGGGCUGCCAUCUAUGUUGCCGGUUCUUCAACCAAAAUGCCUGCAGACGUCCUGUCCGCUUUCGAGGAGAUCAUAUCGAACGAAAGUGGGGUUCCCCGGGAAGCUGCAGUCAUGUGGCUUAGAGCACUUGAAAGGGCUGGCAAGUACCAUGUGGAAGCUUGGUCUUGAGCUCCGCCUUAGUUUUUGUUUUUACGUGCAAUUGUAGUGGAUGAGAAUAGAACACCCUGCCUUCUUAAAGGACUCCAAUUUUUAGUGUGUCUGGAGGAGCAAAUAAGUUUAUAAUCAGCAAUUCUUAUACCAUUCUCCACAAGAGCGACACAAUUGACCGAGGAAGAUAUCUCGCCAGCCUGACACAAGCGAGCGGCACUAUUUAGUUGCUAUAAAAACUUCCUCCUUGUUUGUAACAGUUUAUGGAUGGAUAUCUUUACGUGGGAGGUCAUCAUAUAUGCUAGUUGCUAGAGUAGACCUUUUGUAACUGGGAACUUCAAAAUGUUGGGUCUUAUAGUGGGAAUUCAAUAUUUUAGAGUCAAAUCUCCUGAAACUGUGAUUGGGUUCCUGCUUAAUUGGGACUUCCAAAUAAAUGCAGGACAGUAUAUCUGGCUUCAACAAGAGAUUACAGAGGGGUAUUUGGGAUGAUUUUUUUUCUUUCUUUUAUUCU